GAUGCUGGGACUGCAGUAGAACGGCGAUAGGCGUACGGUACGUUAGGAACUUUUAACGGCUGCUCACUAAAGUGUUAACACGUUUUCGCAUUUGUCGCUUUAUCGGUGACGGAAAUUAAUUUAUUAAAGCGCGUUUCAGCUCGGCAAGUUUCAUAGAAAAAAUUCCAAAUUUUGACUUGCAUAAAUUAAGCUUCAAUUAACGAUUCCGUGGCGUGCAUGUGAACAAAAAUUUUCACAAAAAGUCAAAGUUCAGUGGAAGCUGAGCCACCAAACAGCUUAAUUGAAUUAUUAAAUUUUAAACUGAAGUGGAACAAAAUUUUAUGCUUCUUAUUAAGAAUUAAUAAAUAAAACGAACUCUGAGAUGCGGUUUUCAAAAUUCGUAUUGCAUGUGAAAGAAAACAGUGAUAUAUUUGUGUAGAUAUACGUUCGUCAAGAUAUAAAUAUUAUUAUGUAAUUUAAAAAAAAAUAUAACUGAUAAGUCAGUAUCAAAAUGACCUUAACUGAAGUAUAAAUUAAAGUUAAAUAACAAAGAAUUAUAUACGCAAUGUUUGAUAUGAAAACUACAACUAACUUAACAGCAGGUGUGGGGGAACUAUUAAAUGCUUCAACUUCAUCUUUUCAAGAGAAUACAAUAACAACUGAAAGUUCUUUCAAUGAUUUGAUAGGAAAUAUAAGCACAACUGCAUCUGAUUUGCUAACAGAAUGGAUCUCUACAACAAUUUUGGGAACAAGUAAUUUUAAUCUAACCAAUAAUGACACCGAAAUUGAUGGUCUUUUAUUAAAUGACACUCUAAGUGAUGGCCUAUUUGACGACCUGCCAUACGAACCUUGUUCCCCAUUUAGCAAACAUUUCAAUUGCACACCGGAGGAAUAUUUAACUUAUUUGCAGGGACCUCAAAGACUGCCGUUGCAUACGGUACUGCUGGUCACGAUUAUCUUUGGUGUCAUAUUCAUAACAAGCGUUCUGGGCAAUGUUCUCGUUUGCGUUGUCAUUGUACGCCAUUCAACCCUGCACACCGCCACAAAUUAUUACUUAUUUAGCUUAGCUGUAUCGGAUCUGCUGUAUCUGCUUUUUGGCUUACCGGCGGAAGUAUUUCUCUACUGGCAUCAGUAUCCUUAUUUAUUCGGAUUGCCAUUUUGCAAGAUACGCGCAUUUAUUUCCGAAGCUUCAACGUAUGUUUCUGUGUUGACUAUUGUGGCAUUUUCUACAGAACGUUUUCUCGCAAUUUGUCAUCCAUUGCAUCUCUACGCGAUGAGUGGUUUUAAACGUGCUCUGCGUAUUAUUACUAUUUUAUGGACUGUUAGUUUUAUUAGUGCUAUACCUUUUGGUCUACUGACUGAUAUACAAUAUAUGAACUAUCCUUUGGAUAACUCAACUAUAGCAGAUUCAGCUUUUUGUGCAAUUAGACCUUUUGACUUUCCUUUUUUCGAGAUUUCAUUUUGUGUCUUUUUUGUUAUACCGAUGAUACUCAUUAUAAUACUCUAUGGCAGAAUGGGCGCGCAAAUCCGAUCAAGAACUACUCAACAAUUGGGUGUUCAACAAGGUUCCAUGCAUAGGGAAUCGAGGCAUCAACAAUCACGUAGAGCUGUGAUACGUAUGUUGGCCGCCGUUGUUGUAACUUUUUUCGUUUGUUGGCUGCCAUUUCAUUUGCAGCGUCUAUGGUUCCUUUACGCCAAAAACUAUGAGAACUAUAACGAUGUUAAUGAAUGGAUAUUUGCGGUGGGCGGAUUUGCCUACUAUAUUUCUUGCACCAUUAAUCCGAUUUUGUACAAUGUCAUGUCUCAUCGAUAUCGAGUGGCAUUCAAGGAUAUACUUUGUGGAAAGCGCAAGAGUGUUUAUUACAACAAUGGAUUCGUAAGGGAUCAAUCCAGCUUUCGCGAAACUACAAUAGCGACUAGUGUGGGCGGCAAUUGCAAUUACGAUCGAGUGCAUUCGGUAAGAAUAAUUCUUUUUAGAGAAAUUAUUUGA